UCCUCAUACUUGCAAAAAGAUGAAUCAAAGAAUUGUUCGACAAAUUUUAUUAGUGUUAUGUUUCUUUUUGAUUUAUAAUGUAGUCCAAGGCGUAGAAGAGUCAUCUAUAUUGGAAGAUAUGGAGCUAGAAAAACAACUGAAACUUUUGAAUAAACCAGCAAUCAAAAUAGUUAAGACUAAAUAUGGAGAUACAUACGACUGUGUUGAUUUUUACAAACAACAUGCAUUUGAUCACCCAUUAUUGAAGGACCAUAAUUUUCAUCCUCAGAUGGAACCUACCUUUGCUGAGAUAAAGCAAAAUUCACAUGACUCCACAACUAAUAGAUUACCGACAAUAUGGUCAAAAGAUGGAGGUUGUCCUUCUGGAACUGUUCCCGUUAAGAGAAUCACAAAGGAAGAUCUUAUAAGACAAAGAGAUUUGCCAUCACCAGAACCUGCCAUCUUCGACAAUGAAUAUAGCAAUUACAAUAGUGAGCAAAAAGCAAGCUACAUGCCUUCUUAUGGAGGAUAUAAGCGUGCAAUAGUUCGAACUCCAAAAGAAUCAACUAUAAAGUAUACAGGAGCUGGAAUGGCAACUAGUUUGUUCAAUCCUCAUGUUGAAGGCAAACAAAUUAGUGCUAGUCGAAUGAGAAUCGAAAAAGGAUCGGAAAUCUUACAAGCUGGUUGGAGGGUAGAUCCAACAUUAUAUGGAGAUAAUAAAACUAGACUUUUCAUACAUUAUCAGAUAGGUGAAACCCAAUGUUUCAAUACAUUAUGCCCUGGCUUUGUUCAAGUAAACCGCGAUAUACCUCUUGAUAGUUCGUAUGGGAAUAUUACCCAACGUGGAGUGCAUACAUGGGAGAUCCUAAUGUACAUUUAUAGGGAUCAAGCCUAUGGACACUGGUGGCUUCUAUUGGGACAAAAGUAUGAUUUAGUUGGUUAUUGGCCAAAUAUUAUUUUCACUGAGCUAGCACAAUUUGCUACGAAAAUUGAAUGGGGAGGAUCGGUAUAUAGUCCACCAGGUGUACCUGAACCUCCGAUGGGUUCAAGCUAUUUUCCGAUAGGAAAUUCUUCUUUUGAUGGGUAUUGUAGGAGCAUUGCAUAUUCAAAUGAGGAAGGAGAUUCGGUUGAUAUACAUAAUAUAUUUUGGUAUACUGAUAAUAUUUUUGCAUAUAAAGUUAUAUUUAAAUAUCUAUUGGAAGGUUCAAAUAAUUUUCUUUAUGUUCUUUAUGGUGGACCUGGUAGUAAAGCACAAGUGUAA